CACAUAGCUCGCCCUUGCAUCAUCAAGCGUCAUCACCUCUUCCUUCUCCCCCUCCUUUCCCAUUCCACGUCUUUUAUCCCUGUCGUGAAUAUCUAAAGGUUUUCAAUCACCUCUUCUGCUUCUUUUUACUGUUUGUUAUUUUUGCGCCAUUGCUUAUCUUAUUGAACACGUUCUCGACUGGUUGUGUCUCCAUCAAAUACCACACAAUACUCUGCAAAAGGACACUUGGAAAGAACCUUAAUACUCCUCGCGAUAAGAUACCUUUGCCGAACAGCAACUUCAUCGAACAGUUGCGCAAUUUAGUGGACAUGGCGACCUCACAUUCUUCUGCUACAUCGACCACUCCGUCGCGCAACGGCAACGGUCGUGUCACAUCACCAGACACGACGCCUUGCACAUCGCAAGCGCCUGUCGCAACCCCACCUAAGAGGCACCCGCACCGCAUCUACCAGCCAGCCAAGAAUUCCCUUUACGACAUCUUUCAGCAACAUGCUGGCACGGCGCUCUUUGUGCGCCCCAUCUGCUGGACUGAUUUGCAUGCUCAACUCCUCGGUGUGAGAUGGGAGGAACUACCACCAUGCGAUACACCUCAGCCUACGAUAUCCCCAGCUACGCCACCUUCGCGAGGGCAUCUCAGUCCGUCGAAUACAAUCAUCAUUCUUAGCAACGCGCUCCCGAUGCACCCUAUCUUCACCUCCAUUGCCGUCAAGACAGCCCUCAUGAGGCUAUGGCCUAAAGCCUUUAGCGAACCGCAUUACUUACCCGAAUUCCAUCUAUACUUUGGCGGUCUCGUUUAUCGUGAUGCUGUGCCCGCACAGAUCAUGUGGAAUUUUCCCUCUGAUGAGAUGAAGGCUUCCUACGCUUCCUUCAGAUCAGUCUCAACGUGGCCUGCCGAAUCCUCCAACAUCUCAACACAGUUCCCUCCAAAUCAAAGCCAUGCUAAUCUACCCAUGAUUUGCUAUGUUGGCAAGACCCAGCUGGCGUCAGUCCGAAACACCUCAUUUCGCCUCGCAUGUGGCCCGGGGAGAUCAUGGAACGAGCCCGUGUUUCGUCUCCAGCAACUCAGGGCUCGCAUGCUCGUGCCUUCAAAUCUGGAUCACGAUGCACACUUCGUGGGCAUAUUUUUAGGGAUGGCGCAGAAGCAUUUUUACCCUUCCCUACUUAUCAAUGGCAGACGCGACUCACGAAUAUCCCCAGAGCAAGGCAUUCCGCCAUGCCCUAACUUUCACGACCUCAAAUUGAGGAUCCUCACCCACGAUACAGACACAUUGGAGUUUAUUGUCUACACUGGAUACGUAACAAAGGAAUUUUUGGAAAAGUUCCAUGAUCCGUUCAAAGCCCCGCUCGAUGAUGACGAUGCUGCCGUUUCCGGCCUCAAGAUCGAAUACACAAGGGUUCCUAUUUGGCCGAUUCUAGGGCUACGAGAGAGACUUGGCAAAGCUUUAGGCCAGGAGGUUGUUGGUGCUUUUAAUCCAGGCGAUAUAGAAACAUGGGAGAAAGAGCGGCGAGAAGCGCAAGCGAGAGGUCCUCUG